CACCUCCUCCAUAUUCCCCCCACCCAACCGCAACCUGGAGCCGAAAAAAAGGAGAAAUACAAGCAAAUGCUACGGACCGCCAAGGAAUUUUUUUGGGAUCGGAAAACAUUCUCCCUUCUCCACCACCGCCUUCGCUCCUUGUACCUCGCCCCGUCUCCCUCCACACCGCUGCUAUCCAGAACUCGGAUCGAUCGCUCCUCGUCGCGUCGACUGCCAAGAUGGAUAAGCUCAGUGGUUCUGCACGUCUUAUGAUUGUUUCAGAUCUUGACCAUACAAUGGUUGAUCAUCAUGACGAGGAGAACUUGUCCUUGCUUAGGUUUGGUGCCCUGUGGGAAUCUGUUUACUGCCAGGAUUCUCUACUUGUCUUCUCGACUGGAAGAUCACCAACUCUUUACAAGGAAUUGAGGAAAGAGAAGCCUAUGCUGACGCCAGACAUCACUAUCAUGUCUGUUGGCACCGAGAUAACAUAUGGGGAGGCAAUGGUUCCUGAUGAUGGCUGGGAAGAAUAUCUGAACAAUAAGUGGGACAGAAAUAUUGUCGUAGAAGAAACUGUGGGCUUUUCUGAGCUGAAGCUUCAGCCAGAGACAGAACAGCGCCCGCACAAGGUCAGCUUUUUGGUUGAUAAGAAGAGUGCCCAGGAAGUGAUAAAAUCUGUUGCCGAGAGGUUGGAGAAACGUGGGCUAGAUGCCAAAAUAAUAUAUAGUGGUGGCCAGGACCUUGAUAUAUUACCUCAAGGAGCUGGAAAGGGCCAAGCACUUGCAUAUUUGCUUAAAAAGCUAAGCUCAUGUGGAAAACCGCCCAACAAUACUCUUGUUUGUGGUGACUCUGGUAAUGAUGCAGAAUUAUUCAGCAUCCCUGGUGUACAUGGUGUCAUGGUUAGCAAUGCCCAAGAGGAACUACUUCAGUGGUACACAGAAAAUGCGAAGGAUAACCCGAAGAUAAUUCAUGCAAAUGAGAGAUGCGCAGCUGGUAUUAUACAAGCUAUUGGACACUUCAAGCUAGGACCUAACAUUUCUCCUAGAGACAUGGAGUUCCCUUAUGCAAAGGAAGCCUCUUUCAAACCUACAGAUGCUGUAGUAAAGUUCUACGUUCUCUAUGAGAAGUGGCGCAGGGCUGAGGUUCCAAAGUCUGAUUCAGUUAUAAAAUACUUCAAAGACAUCACUCAUGCAAAUGGAGUUAUCAUCCAUCCUGCUGGGCUUGAACUCUCACUCCAUGCAUCCAUUGAUGCAUUGGGAUCAUGUUAUGGUGACAAACAAGGGAAAAAGUACCGAGCAUGGGUGGACAGACUUUUUAUCACACAGACUGGUUCAGAUAGUUGGGUGGUGAGAUUUGACUUGUGGGAAUCAGAAGGUGAUGUCCGUGUGUGCUCUCUGUCAAGUCUUGCUUUGGUUCUAAAGGCUGAAUCCCCCGAGGGCUUUGUGCUAACCCACAUCCAAAAGACAUGGCUGAAUGGAUACUCUUCAGGGGUUGAGCAGGCGUCUAAGCUGUAGAGCAAUAUACAGUCUCCGCUCGCGAUUGGAGUUUUCUUGAGGAUAGAAUAGAAUAAUGUAUCUACUUCAUCUGAGAAAAACUUUUUUCUCUUGUUUAUAAUGUUAACUUCCCAAAACCUCACUGGGAGGAUCUCCAGGGAGAGGAUUUGGUGCGUAAAGAUAAAUGUUCUGUCUCAUGGCUUUCAUGAGAAGAUGAAAUAAUUGAUUCAUCUUGGUAUAUAUUUACGAAUCUUGUUGAAUAAUGCA